UCAGCCUCCUGAGCCACUGGGAUUACAGGCAUGCUCCACCGAACCCGGCCCAAAAUUUAUUCCUUUAUCUUAUUUUUUUAAAUAUUUUGAGACAGGGUCUCACUACAUACAAGUCAAUGGGAUUAUGGGAGUGUGCCACUGUACCAGGCAUGACCUAGUUUUUGUUUUCCUAGGAAAAGGACUUGUUUUUGGCAUUUUUGCAAUUUUUAUAGGUCCUGUGAGAGGUGAAACCUUGGUGACACUGAAAUCUUUCUAAGAACAUGUACCACUUUUCCCCUUAUUUUAUUCAGCUUUGACAUUCUCCAACAAAAACCUUAAUGAUUACCUAUGAGUAUACUGAGUUAUCCUUCAUGAGUCUUAUUUACUAUUAUAUUCUUGUGGAUGUACAGAAACUAACAUACAGGCUUCCAGUUGUGGUCCCUUAGUGCAACCCCAAAGGAUGUGCUUAAUUCUUUAAAUAAGGAGUUGUAAAAAGAGGUUUUGUUUUGUUUUGUGAUGCUGGGGAUUGAACCCAGGGCUUUGUGCAUGCAAGGCAAGCAUUCUACCGGCUGAGCUAUAUCCCUAGCCAAAAAAAGAGUUUUAAAAUCUGAUCCAGUUCACUAAAGAUUCAUCACCCAGGCGUGUUUCAGGGGAUAAUGAGAUAGGCAACAUCUAAAGAGCAUGUCAAAGUCUCACAAACAUGUAGAGGAGCAACAGGAUUUAAACAGGCUGAAUUUUGUUGGGAUAACCUGCAUGGGAACACAAUUCCCUCUUUACAGUUAUGCUGGUGAGGAUCAUACUAACAGUAGUUCCCAGAUAUCAACAAAGAUCAAAGUUUUUCCUCAAGUAUUUCUAAGAAUAUGCUGUCUCAUAAUAGCUACUGAUAUUACGUUUAGUACAUGUUGGACUUUGUGGUGAGAAGGGCUAGAGAUGAGUGUACAAAGAGAACUGGAGUGACCCAGAAGCACAGCCAGAGUUCCUGUUCUUUCUGUUACUCUAACAAGUAGAUAUGAUCCAGCAUCAGAAUUGAUGUGAGAGGAUGUGAGCCUGGCUGGAGAGUUAAGAGUGUGACACCCAGGUGUUGGAGUAUUGGGAGACACAGUACCAUAUUAGAUUCUCACAACCUGAGUGUAGGUCUGCAGUAUGUCUCAUUUUCCUCCUUGGAAUACCUGUGGGAUGUUUUAGGAGUUGGUGACCUUUGAGGAUGUGGCUGUGAACUUCACCCUGGAGGAGUGGGCUCUGCUAGAUCCUUCCCAGAAGAAGCUCUUCAAAGAUGUGAUGCAAGAAACCUUCUGGAACCUGACCACUAUAGGAAAAAACUGGAAAAAUCAGGCCAUCGAUGAUCACUAUAUUUCCUGGAGAAAUCUACGAAUUCAAGUGAUUGAGAGACUCUGGGAACAGAAAGAAGAUAAUCAAUAUGGAGAAAUAUUCAGCCAGAUCUUAGAUCCUCUUAUAAACAAGAGAAGUUCUUCUGGAGUAAAACCAAGUGAACACCAUGUGUGUGGAGAUGUCCUCGUUGCAGAUUCAUCCCUAGCCAUGCCCCAGACAGCUCAUAUUAGACACAAAGCACAUGAGUAUCUGGAACAUGGAGGGAAGCCAUAUGAAUAUAAGGAACAUGGGAAAGCCUUCCAUGAUCCCCAAGGUUUUCAGAAGCAUGAAAGAACUCUCACAGCAGAGAAACCCCAUGUGUGUAAGCACUGUGGAAAAGCCUUUAGUUCUUCUAGGUACAUUAAAGUUCAUGAACGAAUUCACAGUGGAGAGAAACCUUAUAAAUGCAAACAAUGUGGCAAAGCCUUUCGUUUUCCCAGUUCCCUUAAAAUUCAUGAACAGAUUCACAGUGGAAAGAAACCCUAUGUGUGUAAGCAAUGUGGAAAAGCCUUUAGCACUUCCAGAUACAUGAAAACACAUGAAAAAAUUCACAGUGGAAAGAAACCCUGUGUAUGUAAACACUGUGGAAAAGCCUUUAGUUCUUCCUAUUAUAUUAAAAUCCAUGAACGAAUUCACAGUGGAGAGAAACCCUGUGUGUGUAAGCAAUGUGGAAAAGCCUUUAGUUCUUCCUAUCGCCUUAAAAUCCAUGAACAAGUUCAUCGUGGAGAGAAACCCUGUGUAUGUAAACAAUGUGGAAAAGCCUUUAGUUCUUCCUAUUACAUAAAAAUCCAUGAACAAAUUCACAGUGGAGAGAAACCCUAUGUUUGUAAACAAUGUGGGAAAGCUUUUCAUUUAUAUAGAUCCCUUCAAAGACAUGAAAUAACGCACACUAGAAGGAAACCCUAUGUAUGUAAGCAAUGUGGGAAACAAUUUAUUUCCUCCAGCUCCAUUAGAAAACAUGAACGAAUUCACAGUGGAGAGAAGCCUUAUACAUGUAAACAAUGUGGGAAAGCCUUUCCUUUUCUCAGUUCUCUUCAAAUGCAUGAACAAAUUCACAGUGGAAUAAAACCAUAUGUAUGUAAGCAAUGUGGAAAAGGCUUUAAUUCUUCUAACCAUAUGAAAACACAUGAACGCAUUCAUAGUGAAGAGAAACCUUAUACAUGUAAACAAUGUGGGAAAGCUUUUCAUUUCCCCAGAUCCCUUCAAAUACAUGAAAUAACCCACAAUGGAGAGAAACCCUUUGUAUGUAAGCAGUGUGGAAAGGGCUUUAGUUCUUCCAGCUCCAUUAGAAAACAUGAACAGAUUCACAGUAGAGAGAAGCCCUGUGUAUGUAGGCAAUGUGGAAAAGCCUUUAGUUCUUUCUAUUACAUUAAAAUCCAUGAACGAAUUCACAGUGGAGAGAAACCUUAUAAAUGCAAUCAAUGUGGGAAAGCCUUUCAUUUUCCAAAUUCCCUUCAAAUUCAUGAACAAAUUCAUAGCGGAAAGAAACCCUUUGUGUGUAAGAAAUGUGGAAAAGCCUUUAGUUCUUCCAGCUCCAUUAGAAAACAUGAACGACUUCACAGUGGAGAGAAACCCUAUAUAUGUAAGCAAUGUGGAAAAAGCUUUAGUACUUCUAGAUGCAUGAAAACACAUGAACAGAUCCACAGUGGAGAAAAACCCUGUGUAUGUAAACAAUGUGGAAAAGCCUUUAGUUCUACCUAUUAUAUUAAAAUCCAUGAACGAAUUCACAGUGGAGAGAAACCUUAUGAAUGCAAGCAAUGUGGAAAAGCCUUUUGUUUUCCCAAUUCCCUUCAAAUUCAUGAACAAAUUCAUAGUGGAAAGAAACCCUACAUAUGUAAACAAUGUGGAAAAACCUUUAGUUCUUCCAGCUCCAUUAGAAAGCAUGAACGGAUUCAUAGGGGAUAGAAACCCUAUAUGGGUAAACAAUGGGAAACCUUUCAGUCGUUCUGAUGCAAUCAAAAGAUCUGAGAAAACACUGGAGAUAAACCCUAUAUGUGUAAGCAAUGUGAAAUAGGCUUUAAUUCUUCAAGCCCCAUCAAAGCACAUGAAUGAAUUCACAGGGAAGAGAAGUUCUGUACAUGUAAACAGUGUGGGAAAGCUUUCAUUCAGUCCUGUACAAUCAGAAGACGUGAAAUGUACACCGGAGAAAAAUCCUGUGUAUGAAAACAAUGUGGCAAAGCCUACAGUUAUCCCUGUCCCCUCAAACAAUAUUAAAGAAUUCACGGUGAAAUGAAAACAUGGCAUGAAAGCAGUGUGGGAAAUCCUCCAGUGAUUCCUCCACACUUAAAAUACAUGAAGGAAUAC